AUGAAACAAGUAUUCAAGAACCAUCGAGAGAGAGAGAGAGAGAGAGAGAGAGAGAGAGAGAGAGAGAGAGAGAAAGUCAUAGAUCAGCUGAACUGGAGUCAUCUCUUCCGUCUCUGUCGUCUUCUUCCUCCUUCAUCAUCUUCAACGUCGCUGGAGGUGUGUGUGCUGCUACCGUCCGCUCAGCCUGCAGCAGCUUCUUUCUCCUCUGUUUCUCGUCAUCGAGCUCUCAUCCUUUCUUCUCCAUUCUGUCCGAUCGAAGGUGGUAAGCAUGUUAAAAACUGGGCUGUUGUUGGAGAUCCGACAAUGUUGCUGCUGUUCUGGGGAUCGUGGAAGCUACCAAUCCCUUCUCCUCCUCAUUUACGUGCCAUCGUUCGAGUUCUUUUUCUGUUCAGUAUGCUGAUUCUUCUUCCUUCUUGCUCUGUUCAUCCACUUGAUAUCUUGGUUCUUUGCUUUGUCACGUUGAGUGAGGUGAUUGCGAGAAGGGUAGCUCGAUUGGAGUUGGAAGAAGUGAGUUUUGAACUUGGAAAGCACUACAGAACAGAAUGGAGGUUGGUUCUAUAAAUAUGUUUUAUUGAUGUAAAUAUGAAAUUUAUGUAUUAUGUCAUGAGAUAUAUAAUUAGGUGCUCCACAUAACUUAUAAAUUAGAGUCCUUAAUUUAUUAUACAUUGUGUCUGCUGACUGGAAGGAGCUGAGCUCCUAAUUGAUACAAUGUUUAAGGAAAAAAAAUUUUGUGAUGCAGA